AUGGAUCUAGCAUACGACCAUAUCGUCGAACAGGCGUACAAUCCAGCCGACCGCGCUUCCACGCCGACUCCAGGAGACAAAGCACCGACUGACUCGACGGAUCCAGCGACCCCGAAACCACCCAGCUCUCCUAGGCAGAGCCUGCAGUCCGAGUUCCAAGAGACCUUCAAGGCGUUCUCCAAUUCACAGUGGGGCGCAAAACUAGGAGGCUUCUGGGGCAAUGUCAGGAAGCAGGGCGAGAGUCUGUACGAGGAGGCGAAGAAGGAGGCAGCCGACAUAAGCAAAGACAUGGAAGCCCUGCGAUUGAAGGGUGCGAAGGGGCUCGGGUUCGGCGCCGAGCAGGAGGGAGCACAAUCGUCGGCAGCAGAGAAAGCAGGAGAGUCUGCAGCGACGGGCGAUGAUGCUGGUCCAGAAUAUGAAAACAAGGACUUGCAGGAAACCGACACUUUCCUUGCACGGUUCAAGGCUGAAGCCGCCAAGAGGCUGAAGGAAGUCCAACAGGCAGAAGAUGCCGCGGAUGAGGCUCUCCUCAGGUUCGGCACCAAUAUCCGGAACUUCCUGCGAGACGCCGUAUCAGUGACAGCACCAGAUGGAGACGAGGGCCAGAACGGUCAGCCCGGCGAGGUGCUCUUCGAAAGCAAGGACGGCUCAUCUGGAAAGCGGGUCAUCCACACGAGCAGAUUCGACGCGCAACUUCACGUCAUCCACACGACGUUGACGAGCUUUACGCGAGAUCCCAGCGGAGCCGGCACUCAGUGGGACAAUUUCAAGGCCGGCUUUGAUAUCGACAAGAUGACCACCCGCAUCGCCGAGGAUCUGGGCAAGUACGCCGAGCUGCGAAGUUCCAUGGAGAAGCUGGUGCCGGAGAAGGUAGAGUACAAGGAUUUCUGGACGCGGUACUAUUUCUUGCGGCACGUCGUUGAGACCCAGGAGGAGAAGCGAAAAGAGUUACUCAGAGGUAUGAAGCCACUACCAUCCAGCUAUCCACGAUUAUCCACUAAUCCAACUACCCGCGCAGCAUCAGCCAACGACACCGAAGAAGUCGGCUGGGACGAAGACAGCGACGAGGACGACCAAGAAAAGCCCUCAUCGACUUCCUCCCAUCAAAAGGAAGCGGUGCCCAAGGUGUCGGUGUUGGUCGCUCAAAACACAAACGACUCGUCAACCACAAUCCAUCAGCCUCCACCUCAACCGCCAGCAGCGGCCGACUCAUCCGCAUCGGCCCUCAGACCCAGCCGCCGCUCCCACGACGAAAAGUCCGUAGCGGACAGUGACGCCAGCUACGACCUCGUCAGCGGCGCCACCAGUCGCGCACCGGGAAGCCCCAAGGAUGAAGUGCCGAAAUCGUCGAUCAAGACCGACGAGAGUGACGAGGAGGACUGGGAGUGA